GGAAAUGCACAUUGAAGAGCUCCAAUAAUGGCUACGCUGGUGGAGGGUGAAAAGUAUGGGCUAUCUUCCACUUCAGCAAAUAACGAGCAAAAAAGCGUAGUCCAUGUAAAAUUAACGGAUUCCGCAUUAAAGGCGAUAGAAGAUUUACUUAAAUGCAAGGACAAGUCUAAGAAACCUUCAAUAUCCUUUAAUGGAAAUCAAGGGGUCAUCAACGUCCCAGGACGGGACUCUGGCAACUCCAAAACAUUCCAGUUCAGUGUUUCCAGUCUGGGGGAAGCCAAUGGCUUAGACUGUGUGCAGCAGACAGACUCCAAAAAUGGUAACCAGCUGGUCAACCUGGGCACAAUGUCUGCCAGGCUGAAUGUCCAGGCUACGUCAGAUGUCUUCAGACAAACGAAGGAAACGAUGAAAACGGCUCAGGAAGAGUGGACAAAAGUCAGGACACAAGAAAUCAAACUCAAUGGAAGGAAUGGUGUUGGCCGAAAAAUCAAGAAAGUUAAACAUGAAUCUGAACUUAAAAACCCGAUUCCUCCUACACGCCAAGAGAAGGAACGGGAGUUUGACCUCAAGAAUCGAAUUCAGGAGGCCAAGCGGGACGUGGAUAUUCGGCUAAUGAUGCAGCACAGUGCCAAUAAUUCUAAAGUGAACCCUAAUCUGAACAGUGCAAUAAAAACAAGUAAAACAACUGCUGUAGUCUCCCCCUUCACCAACAAUUCAUCCUCACGUAAAGUAAGUCCAUCUCAGUCACCACACGAAGUGUCAUCCACAACGGGCGGAGUGCCUUCCCCUUCUUAUUCUUCCAGUCAGCCUGUCAAAACCACCAAAACUGCUGUCAUUACUGCACCUAUCAGAGAAAGAAUGGUCCAUUUUCUUGCUGUCCGUUCAUAUAAAAAGCCUGAGCUAUAUGUUCGCUUGAUGAAAGAUGGUUUGAGUGAUGCUGAUCGUAAGGAGUACAGUACCUUUAAUUUAGAGGAUAUAGCUGUUCUAAACCAGAAAGAUAACCGAUACUCUCUGUCAAAGCACGCCUUCUCUGAGGUCAAACCCGACUGGCCGUACUACACAGAUCACGAACGAGAACUGGUCAGAAAGAAGCUACAUAGUUUGUCUCCAGCGUCUUCCCCUGCCACAAGUCAGCCAUCCCCCAAAGCCAGCCCAACAAGUAGUACACAGAAAAGGCCAUGUGAACAGCCAGAACAAAAUCAGCCAUCCAAAAAACAGCGCAUAUCCCACUACCGCAAGGAAAACCGGCCAGCACUGACGGAAACUGCUGAAAACCGAGAGUCUGUCGGUAACGACCGCACACAUAAAAAGGAGAAUAUUGAUGACUCGGCAGACGAAGCUUCCUCGACAUCAGAGACCCCCGACUAUUUCCUUAAAUACAUAGCAAUAUCAAGUGGACCCCAGAGAGCCAAAUAUAAACAAGACUUUAAUACAGAGUAUCAGGAAUAUCGCGACUUACAUGACAAUGUGGAGAAAGUGACGAGAAAGUUUGCUGACCUCGAGACAUUAAUGAAACGAACUCAGCCGGGUACAGAAGAAUUUGAGAAUCUUAAAAAUAGAAUACGACAGGAAUAUAAGUACCAGAAAGAUGAUCACAAAUACAUGGAACAGAAAAAACGAUUCGAGUACCUACACAAAAAACUGGGUCACAUAAAACGACUGAUUCUGGACUACGAUAACAGCCAGCCCGCGAUGUCAUAGCUGUGGAGUCUGGCAGAGUUAUGUCCCUUUCUGUAAUUGACCUGACCGAGCCUGCUGACUGUGAUUCUAUAAAUAGCCUUAUAAAGGUAGAAGAUUCUCCUGGUGUAUGGGGGGAGUCAGCCAUCUGGGUGCCUCUGUUUUUGUGUGUUUGUUUGGUGAGUCACAAGGUGGCAGAUAUGUUUGGUGAUUGCUCUGGUUGUAUCUCUCAAUAUGUGAUAUUCUUUAAUAUUUUGUGUACAUUUUUGACAAAAAGUACAUAGAUGUAAAUUUGAUGUCAAGAUGGCAGUAUAAAUUAUUUUUGUUAUGUUUCUCUGUUUAAUGUUAUGGUGUAACAUUGUUGACAUGGCAUUAGAGAUUAUUGAUUGUGCUAAACUCACAGCCAUUUUGCAAUAGUCAAUAGAGGGCAAAAUUUAUUCUGUUACUAAUUAUUAUUGCAUGACAUUGUAAGGCAUGACUAGGCUUUUUGCAGAAAGGGACAUUUUUUUCUGCUAGGACUAUAUUUUUGUGAUUUGCCCAAUGAUGUAUUUUUCUUAUAAUGAUGACCUGAUUGCCCAAGGAUCUGACCUGGAAAUUGAAAAAAAUUGUUGCAAACAUAUCCUUGAUUUUCCAUGAAGACUUGUCAAGGCAAUUGUGAUCUGUGGAUUGAUAGUCGAAGAAAAAGAUCUAUAAUCAUGUAAUGAUUGAUCUGGUCAAGAUUGAUUUACACACCUCUUCAAUUGAUUGUAUUUUUAACAUUCAGAUCUCACGGUGAAAAGCUAAUUAAUUUUUGCAUAAUUAACUUGUAAACUGGUGGUAUCUGAGUUUGUACAUUACAGUUUUGUUUGAGUUGAUAUUUUUAAUGUGUUGACAUUCAUUGUUUGGAUGUUAGUGCUAUAUUUAAGAUCAUUCAGUAUCAAGUGCCUUAAUCUUUUUCCCUGUUAUAUAUACAACAUUGGUUUUACCAAUUUCUUCAUGGCAUUACCACACUUAUUGUUUCACUUUUGUUACUAAUUUAUUUUGUUAUUUAUUUGGAUAUUUUCCCUAGUUUUACGGUGAAAUUUCAACCAUUAAACCUUUCAAUCUUUGUCUUGAUCAGCAUGUAUAUGCAAAAUAGUAAACAUGUUUUUUUAUUUUAAAUUUUACACGAGGACUUUGCUGUAAUUCUGGUAUGCAUUCAUGAUUUUUCGUAAAAAAUUUGAUCAAGAUGACUCAAAGAUAAUGAAAUUAAUGAUUUGUGACACUUCUUAUAAAUUUCUCAGCAAAUUAUAUGUAAUGAUCUCAAAUAUUGCAACUUUAAACACUUGGCACAAAUUGUACUGGCUUAGAUUUUAAUGCACAAGCAGUCAAAGGGAGAGAAUUCAGACCUAUGAUUCCUCCAUGACAUUGAUUAUGAGAUGCGGAAGUUGAAGGCUAGUGUACAUAUUUAUUCAGAAGCAUUGUCAAAUGUUUUGUGUCAAAUUAUUGCACCAUUUUUGUCAAAUUUUGCAUGUAUGAAUGGCAGAUAUCCAAUCCUCCAUAAAAAUACUUUAAAAAAAUUGUAAAAGAUGUAAAAACAAAAAAAUGCUAUAUACAAUAUUAUACAAUGUAUAUACAUUUAAAAAAAAAUGCAAAAAGGAGGAUAUUGGAAUCAAUGCAAAGUUCAUAAAACAGGAAAGUCAUGUAUUUUCAUUAAAAACAUCAUUUUAAGUGAUAAAAUAUGUUAUGAACUUAUGAUUGUAAUGAAUCAAAAUUGAGAAAAUUUGAUCAUUUUUAUAUCAGAGUAUUACAGAAUUUCCUGCUUUAUGAGGAAACCAAGUUGAUAUAUACAUGUAAGAGGGGAGAUUGUGGAAAAAUUGUGUUGCAAAAACUGAUGGAUACUUGAUUUGUGAGAAUUUACCAAUCAAAUUUGAUUAAUUAAAAAUAUGAGGUUGUACAUUACUUUAGCUCAAGUUGGACCAAAGACAAGAAAACAAGUUUAAAGUACUCCAUGUCACUAUAGAUGCCAUAAUACUGUGAUAUAAGUUGGCGAUACAUGUAUCUGUGAAAUUAUCACCUUUUUGUUGAAGAUUUGCUACAUAUAAAUAGAUAGAUAGAUGUAAAACAAAAAUCACAGAUCAGUCAUUUAAGGAAGAUUCUGAUACAAAACAAAACAAGCAUCUUCACCUCACUGGAGUAAGGAGUGGAGAAGUUUUCAUGGAAAAGUGUAGGAGAAUGUGACAUUUUUUUCUCUCUAUUUAUUGUUUGUGGUGUGUGUCUGAAUGAAUGAAGCUUUCUGUAUUCUGAGUGUCUCAGAGCAUCUUGUCAUUUCUGGUGAUUUCUUUUUUAUCCGUGUUGUGGCAUCUCCAUGCUGUGCUUACACUAGAUUCACUAUCUUUUGUAAUUACCCCCCUUUGUAAUAUCUCCUCUUAGAGUAAGAUAGAAAGUUGCAACAAAAAAAAAAAUAAGUAAAUAUAUGAUCACUGUAGAUCUUUAUCAUUGUAGAAAUUGUAUCAGGUCAAGUUUAAAGUACAUCAGCUGUUCAAGUCUGCUGUUUUGAAGGGGGAAAGCUGUUUAGCUCUUGCUAAAUUAGCUAUAUAUGACUGAUAAAUUUAUGACAGAAUUUUAGAGAGAGAGUAAAAAUAAUAUUUAAAAAAAUGAAUAAAGGGUACACAUAAAAAAAAAUAUUGAUUAUAUAGAGGUAGGAAGGGGAUUAUUGUUUUUGAUAUGAGUGCUAGAUGAAAAAUGGACCAUAAUUGACACAAACUUGAACUUUACCCCAAAUACAUGACACGAAGAAGUAUCAAGCUAACUGCACAAUAUGGUGUAACAUGUUUUUCCUUGCUCAACAGACAUGAUUUUUCAAAGCUAAUCAUGAUUUUGUGCUUAUUGGUUGUUUUAGAAUGAAUUUGUAAAUAUGUUCAUGAAUUUAUUGAAAUUGUAAAUAUUAAAAUAUAAGUUUGAAAUACAACAUAAGUAUUUGAAAAUAAUAAUUAAGUAUAUAAAGUUUUAUGGGAUGAAUUUGUUUGCAUGCUGUUUGCGGAUUUUUUGUUUUAAAACCUUUCUCAUCACAUUCCACGUUUGAAUAAAUAGUCUGGACAAGCAUUCCAAAGAUCAAACCAGUGUGUACUAACAGUCAGUGAAUAGUCCAGACUAAAACAGGAAAACCCCUCAGACAAGGGGGUUAUUGGAUGUCAUGUUUGAAUUUAAAUUUAACUUUUUCUUUUUUGAAUAAGAUUAAUUUUUGAUUACUUUCUAUAACAAAGCACAGAAGUUGAUUGAUGUUUUAGAUGUUGAUGAGUGGCAGAUGUAUACUAGGGAUAUCUCACCCUCUGUUUUUCACAUUAUUAUCAUUCUGUAUGCAGAGCUGUUAUGCUGAUGUCGGCAUGUGUUGUAUAUUGAGUGUCACAUGGUAAAUUUGACAUGUCGCACAUGAAUAAAUAUUUUUACAUGCUGCACAUGGCCAAAUGUUAUACAAUGUACCAUGUGAUGCACAUGGCAUGGUAAAUGUUAUCUUCAAUAAACAAAUGCAUUGAAAAAACUA